GAGAGUCUAUAACCAGUCAAGGAGAUGCACCGAUGUAUCAAUUCAUCUCUAAUCAUCCUCAAUUGGUGACGGUCUCGGAGAAAGGACGAGUGCUGCAGUUUAAUAAUAAAACGGAAAUUUCGGUGCAGACAAAUUACCCAUUGCUUAUUCGGACGGAUUCUGUUGAGAAUGAGGAUGCGAGCGGUGGUAAUAAUACGAUGUUUGCUUCAGAGACAACACAUUUGCCAUCAAUGCAUUACUUUGAGAUUACUGUGCUGUCGAACACAAAUUCGGAAGCUUCAGCAAUAGCAAUAGGUCUCGCCACGAAACAUUAUCCACCAUUCAGUCUGCCUGGUUGGUAUCUUCACUCAGUCGGAUACCACUCUGAUGAUGGACAAAAAUUUUAUGACGCCGUUAAAGGCAGCAGUUAUGGUCCUACAUGGGGUGAAGUUGGUGAUACUAUCGGAUGCGGAUAUUAUCCUGAUCGUGGAUGCGUGUUCUUUACGAAAAAUGGAGAGAAUCUUGGAGAUGCGUUUACUGGGAUUCGGCAUAUUUGGUUUCCCACAAUCGGCGUGGUUGGGUCAUGUAAAUUACAAGUCAACUUUGGUGACGGGGAGCGGCCAUUUAGGUAUCUUGAAGCGAGAUGGUUUGGACCUGCCAGGCCUAUUCAAUCGGACAAUGAGUAG